AUGCCCGUCUCCAUCGAGGAGUUGGACGCCACCGUCCGAGCCUUCUAUGAAGGUCGCGGCGAACAGCAAAAAGCUGCUCAAGCCGCUCUGAACCAGUUCAAAGAAGACCCGGAUGCGUGGCUCAUGGUGGACGACAUCCUGUCGAACGCGACUCAUGAGCAAACCAAAUUUUUGGGUUUACAGGUUCUCGAUAGCGUGAUUAUGACGAGAUGGAAAGUCCUGCCGCGGGACCAGUGUCAAGGUAUCCGGAACUUCGUCGUGCAGUAUAUUCUGCAGUGUUCCAAUAGCGAAGAGGCCCUCAAGGCACACCGCACCCUUCUCAACAAGCUCAAUCUCGUGCUCGUCUCCGUCCUAAAGCAGGAAUGGCCUCACAACUGGCCCACUUUCAUCAACGAGAUCAUCUCCGCCUGCCACUCGAGCUUGUCCGUUUGCGAGAACAACAUGAUUAUCCUACGUCUCCUGUCCGAGGAGGUCUUCGACUAUUCAGCCGAGCAAAUGACGUCGGCGAAAACGCGCAACCUCAAGACGACAAUGUGCGCCGAGUUCUCUCAGAUCUUCCAGCUUUGCCAGGAGAUUCUCAACAGCGCCUCCCAGCCGAGCCUUAUUAAGGCCACCCUGGAGACGUUGCUUCGCUUCUGCAAUUGGAUUCCGCUGGGCUACAUCUUCGAAACGCCCCUGAUCGAGACGCUUCGAACGCGCUUCCUCGAGGCACCAGAGUUUCGGAACAUCACAUUGCAGGUCUUGACAGAAAUCGGAGGACUCCAGACGGGCGGACCUGGCCAGAUCAACACCUAUGACGAGCAACUCGUGAAGAUGUUUACCGAGGUCCUGACCUCGAUUUCCAACAUCAUCCCUCUGGAUAUGGAUCUCAAGACCACAUACCCUCAGAGUAACUCCCGCGACCAGGAGUUCAUUCAAAACUUGGCGCUAUUCUUGUGCAACUUUUAUGGGAUGCACCUGCCGCUCAUUGAGAACCUCCCGAACCGAGACUUCUUGACACACGGCCACUUCUACCUCAUUCGAAUCUCCCAGAUCGAUGACCGCGAGAUUUUCAAGAUCUGCUUGGACUAUUGGCUGAAGCUCGUCCAGGAGCUCUAUGAGGAGAUGCAGUCACUCCCGAUUUCCGAUCUCACCUCGAUGUCCCUCGGAGUGAUGGGCGGUGGCGGCGCGCCCAACCCGGCGCUACUCACCAACUACCCUCUCCGAAAGCAUAAAUACAACGAGGUUCUGUCUAACCUGCGUGUGGUCAUGAUCGAGAAGAUGGUCCGACCUGAGGAAGUGUUGAUUGUGGAGAACGAGGAGGGUGAGAUCGUCCGCGAGUUCGUCAAGGAGACCGACACCGUCCAGCUAUACAAGACGAUCCGCGAAUGCCUGGUUUACCUCACCCAUCUGGACGUGGUCGAUACCGAGCAAAUCAUGACGGAAAAGCUGGCCCGACAGGUGGACGGAACUGAAUGGUCGUGGCACAACUGCAACGUACUCUGCUGGGCCAUCGGUUCAAUCUCGCUUGCCAUGAACGAGGAAACGGAGAAGCGGUUCUUGGUCACGGUCAUUAAGGAUCUCCUGGGUCUGACCGAGAUGAAGCGCGGCAAGGACAACAAAGCCGUGGUUGCCAGCAAUAUCAUGUACAUUGUGGGGCAAUACCCGCGAUUUCUCAAGGCGCACUGGAAGUUCCUUAAGACGGUCGUCAACAAGCUCUUUGAGUUUAUGCAUGAGUCCCAUGAAGGUGUCCAGGACAUGGCCUGCGAUACUUUCAUCAAGAUCGCCAAGCAAUGCCGACGCCACUUCGUUGCGCUCCAACCCAGCGAGACCGAGCCGUUCAUCGAGGAGAUCAUCCGCAGCCUUGGCAAGAUCACUUGCGACCUGACACCCCAACAGGUUCACACGUUUUACGAAGCGUGUGGUUAUAUGGUGGCUGCCCAGGGUAACAGGAACCAACAGGAGCGCCUCCUAUCCGAGUUGAUGGCCAUCCCCAACACGGCCUGGGAUGAGAUUAUCAAGCAGGCGACGAUGAACCCCGCCGUCCUCCAAGACGCCGACACCAUCAAGAUUAUUGGCAACAUUAUGAAGACCAACGUGUCGGCCUGUUCGUCAAUUGGGUCGUACUUCUUCCCCCAGCUUGGGCGGCUGUACAACGAUAUGCUGCAGAUGUAUGCCGCAACGAGCCAGCUCAUCUCUGAGGCAGUUGUUCGCGAAGGCGAGAUUGCCACGAAGAUGCCUAAGGUCCGCGGUCUUCGGACCAUCAAGAAGGAGAUUCUCAAGCUCGUUGAGACCUUCAUCGACAAGGCGGAGGAUCUGCAGGCCGUCAGGACCCAAGUGGUCCCCCAGCUACUAGAUUCUGUUCUAGUUGACUACAGUCGCAACGUUCCUGGGGCUCGCGAUGCUGAAGUCUUGAAGGCCAUGACGGCCAUGAUUACCAAGCUCUCUGGCCUUAUGGAGGACCAAGUGCCGGUUAUCAUGGAGAAUGUGUUUGAGUGCACCCUGGACAUGAUUAACAAGGAUUUCUCUGAGUUCCCCGAGCACCGCGUGGAGUUUUUCAACCUCCUUCGCGCCAUUAACCUUCAGUGUUUCCCAGCCCUUCUGAAGCUGGACAACCGACAAUUCAAGUUCGUGAUCGACUCUUGCCUGUGGGCCAGCAAGCACGACAACCGCGACGUCGAGACUGCCGGUCUGAAUAUGUGUCUGGAGUUGAUUAACAACAUCGCCGACAAGACCGAUGUGCAGACCUCGAACGCCUUCUUCAACCAGUUCUUCAUUACGAUCCUGCAGGACGUCUUCUUCGUACUAACUGACCAGGACCACAAGGCUGGCUUCAAGACGCAGUCAAUGCUCCUGAUGCGCCUGUUCUUCUUCAUCCACCCUGCCGACGGCACGCAGCCCAAGAUUCAGGGCCCGAUCUACCAACCCGACCAGGCGCAGCAGGGCACAGGAAACCGCGAGUUCCUCGGCAACUUUGUCAGCAACCUGCUACAGAAUGCGUUUUCCAACCUCACAGCUGCCCAAAUCACCUCCUUUGUUGAGGGUCUGUUCACGCUCAACACACAGUACGACAAGUUCCGGCUAGCACUACGCGACUUCUUGAUUUCGCUCCGCGAGUUUGCCGGCGACAAUGCCGAGCUGUACCUUGUCGAAAAGGAGCAACAGGAGCGCGACGCCCGACAGGCUGACCACGAGCGCCGUGCCAAGGUGGGCGGCUUGCUUAAGCCGUCGGAACUCGAAGAGGAUGAGCUCUGA